GUCAACAUGUCAGACGGUAACAGACCGUCAGUAGCCGAAGCCGUGAGCCAGAUUACUGUCAAAGCGUUACGGCAGUACCGAUCCAGACACAAAGAAGAGGAUCCAGCUGACAGUGGUGAGAACACGUCACCACAACACGCAGAAGCAGCUGCCGGAGAUGCAGACGUUGAAGAUGCCACCAGCCCCACAGAAUCGGGACAUAGAAGGGUAGUGGACGAAGAUACUGUCCAUCUGACGACGCAUCCCGUCACCUUUGAUGCUCUGGAGGACAGAAACGAAGAGGAGACCGACCCGGGUAUUUCGUUGGACUCGGACGAGGAUCUUGAGGGAGAAAAUGAGUUGUAUGUGUUACCGUCAGACCAUCCGCUUUUGGAGCGCGUUCAAGCUGCUCUUGCUGACCAACUGACAAGGCGGGAUGAGCGACUUGCAUUGGAGUUGAGAGAAAAGACAAUGGCGUUGAAAGCAAAGCAAGACAGACGAGAAGCUGUUGCUGUGGAUCUUUACCGUCUUCAGCAGCAACUUGCAAAGCAGCAGGCUGACUUAGAGGCAGAACAUGACAGGCACAGGGAGAUGCGAAGUAUGAGGGAGCAAUGUGAGCAGAAACUGAAAGAAACAAAGAGCAUUUUUCGUAAAGCUCAAGGGGACUUGAAGGACAAACGGCAACGAACUGAUGGUCUGAGGGCAGAAGUGGAGAAGUUGACUGAUCGUCUCAAUUACAUCAACUCUGCCAAGACAGACACAGAAAUGGAAAUUGCAUUGAAGAAACGACAUGCUGAGAAGGCUGAAUUGGAAGUGACUGGUGCAGAAAGAUCAAAAAAGUUGCAAGACUUGUAUGUGGAUCGGUUGACUGACAAUGUGAGACGACUGCAUGAGCAGAUUGCUACAUAUGAAGCCCAGACUAAAGCACAACAGGAAGAAUACAGAGCAACACAGGAUGCUCUAACGGAAGCCCAGACAGAAAUGGAGGCUCUUGCUGUGGAACAGAAGCAACUGCUUCAGCAAUGGAACAGCAGCGUGAUUGGUAUGAGACGAAGAGAUGAGGCGUUAGCUGCAAUGAACACAGCAGUGCGUAUACAGAAUGAUCGUCUUCAGUCACUGUCUACUGAGAUUGAUGGCUAUAAGCGAUCUAUAUUGAAAGAACAGGAGAAGAAUGAGACAUUGACAAUUCAAUACAGAAAGUUGGGAAAUGAUUUGUCUGUUGUCAAGCGCCAGAUGGUUGGUUGUGAAAGUAGAAGAGAGGCAUUGCGUGUUGAGUACUCAAAGUUUACGAGAAUCUUGCACGAAGCAGAGCAAGACUUAAUGAAAGCAACAACAGAUCGCACGUUGAAUCAGAACAAUUUGGUAUCUUUGAGAAUGCAGACAGAACGAGAAACGUUGGAGAAAAACCAACUGGAAGAUUCCAUUCUAGAGAAAACAAUGACUCAGCUGACAUUAGACAAAGCAUCAGAGUACACAAAGCAUGAAGCCCGGAAAACACACAAGAAAGUGAUAGAGACAGAAAUAGCUGUUGCUCAAGUAGAGAAUGAACUAUCCAGUCAACUGUUGAGCAUCUCCAGUACAAAUGCUCGACUGGAAAACAUGCAGCAAGUGAUGGAUGAACAAAAUCAAGAAGUACAGCAGCUGAAUAAGAUGAUAACACGAGGCGAGAAUGAAGUGACAAAGAGAAAUGCUGUUAUUGAGAGGAAGCAGGGAAUGAUUGAUCAAAUGAACAAGAAGAUUGAUCAAUUGACUAGUGGAACAGAUGGGGCUGAAGAACUGGGACCUCUUGAGCUUCGUAUUCAGACGCUACAGAAGCAGAUCUCAGAGAGUAUUGAACAGUGUGGUAGACUUCAGCAGUUUUGGCUUCGACAACAGAAUGAGCUAGUGAGACAGACACAAGAGGCACAAAACCAACAUGCAAGUGUCCAGGAAUUGAAAAAGAAACUGACAAUUUUGGAGCAGAAGAAAAUGAGGUUGAAUGCUGAAAUUGAAGGCCAGAAUAAGGAAACGGCUGAUGUCGAAAGGAACAUUAGGAUCCUACAAAACGACAUGACCAAAUUGAACCAACUGAUCACUAAAAAUCGAAAUCAACAAGAGAUGUUGGAACAAGGAAACUUGUUGCUGGAGAGUGAUUUCAUUCAUGCACUCAAAGAAGCAGAACUAGAUUGCAUUCAGAUGCAAACUAGAGUGUCACAACUAAAGGAAGAAAAAGAAAGAGGAAGAAACGGAUUGCUUGAAGCAGAAAAGCAAAUACUACUUUGGGAGAGAAAGAUACAACUGGCAAAAGAAAUGAAAACUGCAGUAGACUCAGAUGCUGGACAGGGAGAGAUCAAGGGAAUGAAAGCGGAAAUUCAUCGUAUGGAGGUCAGAUUUGGCCAGCUGAUGCGUCAGCAGGAACGAAUGAUACAGGAUAUGGAGAAGGCUGUGUAUCGAAGAGAAACAAUAACUUACCGUGGUGAGGCACAGGUGAAGAUGGGCAGGAAAGACCAAACUCAAGCUCAGUUUAGAAAAGCAAUAUCAGAACUAAAAAGGAAGAUCAAACAGAUUUCUCACGACUCUGCUAUCUGUGAUCAGGACAUGAAGGAAUUGGCACUUGCCCAGCAGAACAUGUCACAACAGCUGGAAAGCAAGCAAAGUUCAUUGCAACCUUUGAGGUCGGAAAUAGAGUCAUUUGAUGCUGAGAUUGAACAACUCCAAGAGACUAAGCAGAGAAUGUUUGCGGAAUUGGUUGCUGAUCAGCAGAAGGUGAAGUACCUUCAACAGGUGAAGGACGGUCGAUAUACGAGAUUGUGUAAGACAAAAGAGGACCUACAGGCUGAAGGUUCUCGUCAAGAUGAACGUCUUCAGGCUUUGGCUAAUGUAGUCGAUCGGCUUAAUAUGGAACUUCCACAUGCUCAACCUGCUCUGAGAAAAGUUACAUUGAUGCUUAGAUGGAAAUUGGGAACAUCUGAAAUGGCAGACUAGCAGCUAGCUCUGGAGGUCUAAGUGACUUGCUUAAAUCAUGUACUUGUAAAUUGCUACUCAUCUCAGUUAAUUGUCUGAUCAUCUCUGAA